UGCUGCAGCAGCAGCCAGGUACCUGUUGCUCAGCUCUCUCCAGGCUUCUCCAGACUCCACUGGACCAGAGGACUGCUCAUCAUGAAGCUGCUCGCACACAUCCUGUGCCUCUGCCUGGCUCUGGCAUUGGCUUACUCGCAGGAGGAACAUGCAUCAGCUGUGCUCGACCGCUGUGAAGGCCUCGAGAUGGAUGCUGUCGCUGUGAACGAGGAGGGAAACCCAUACUUCUUCAAGGGUGACCAUCUGUUCAAGGGCUUCCAUGGCUUGGCAGAGCUGUCCAAUGGGUCCUUUGCUGAGUUGGAUGAUCAUCACCAUCUGGGGCACGUGGACGCUGCUUUCCGCAUGCACUAUGAGGACAGCCAGGCUGACCAUGAUCACAUGUUCUUCUUCUUGGACACCAAGGUGUUCAGCUAUUACAAACACAAGCUGGAGGAUGGCUACCCCAAGGACAUCUCUGAAGUCUUCCCUGGAAUCCCAGACCACCUCGAUGCUGCUGUGGAGUGUCCCAAACCAGAGUGUGAUGAAGACUCUGUCAUCUUCUUCAAGGGGGACGACAUCUACCACUACAAUGUCAGAACCAAGGCUGUAGAUGAGAAGGAGUUCGAGUCCAUGCCAAACUGCACAUCUGCUUUCCGCUUCACUGAACACUAUUACUGCUUCCAUGGACACCAUUUCUCCAAGUUUGACCCAAAGACUGGUGAGGUGCACGGCAGAUACCCCAAGGAAGCACGUGACUACUUCAUGAGAUGCUCCAAGUUCGGUGAAGGAGCUGACCACGGGGAGAGGGAGCGCUGUAGCCGUGUUCACCUGGAUGCCGUCACAUCUGAUGACGCUGGAAACAUGUAUGCCUUCAGAGGCCAUCAUUUCAUCCGUAAAGAUGAGGGCAGUGACGUCGUGAAGGGUGACACCAUCGAGAGCGCCUUCAAGGAGCUGCACAGUGAGGUGGAUGCUGUUUUCUCCUAUCAGGAUCACCUUUACAUGAUUAAGGAUGAUGAGAUCUUCGUUUACAAAGUUGGCGAGCCCCACACUCAUCUGGAGGGAUUCCCCAAGCCUGUGAAGGAGGAGCUGGGCGUUGAAGGUCCAAUUGACGCCGCAUUUAUCUGUGGAGAUCAUCACAUUGCACACAUCAUCAAAGGCAACCAUGUCUUUGAUGUGGAUAUGAAGGCCACCCCCCACACUGCAAGCAAUGAACGUGAAAUUGCCGUCUUCGAUAAGAUCGAUGCUGCCAUGUGUGGUCCUGCUGGAGUUAAGGUGAUCAAAGGCAACCACUUCUAUCAUUUUGAGAGCCCCCUUGUGAUGGUUGCUGCCAGGGCCCUGCCUGAGCAGCACAAAGUAUCCCUGGAGCUGUUCGGCUGUGACCACUAAGAGGCACAUUUGAAAGGACUGAAUCACAUACAACACAGUGAAAAACAACAGCACCAACAACAUCAUGCAGGAGGACCCUAACGACAAGUCGCCAAGCUUUUUGAGUACGAGUGCUUACAGAGGAUGGGGACACUAGCUGUUCCCCUCUUACCUCUAAAUAACCUUUUCUCAGUUUCAUUUCUUUUUUGAAGGAUUUUUACAUUCCAUAAUGAAGCUCUGUGGUGCACUGUGAUUCAAUUUGUACAGUGUUGAUGUGAAUAAAGAUGAGUGGCGACAAACAA